GAUCUAUCUGUACAAUAGUUCGAUUUUAUUUUGUAUAGUUAGUACUAAACGAGAACAAAACUAAAAGUCAAAAUGAACAAGAUUUUAUUAUUAGGAUUCCUCCUAUUCAGCAUAACGACAUGUAAUGGAGAUUCUGGCGCAACAUAUGGAGGUGGUGCUGCUGGUUCAUAUGGUGGUGGUUUGGCUGGUUCUUAUGGAGGUGGAAGCGCUGGUUCUUAUGGAGGUGCCUCAGCAUAUGGAGACGCGCAACUUGGUGUUGGCGUUGGAGCUGGUGCCGGUGGAGGUUUUGGUGUGGGAGUUGGACGCUAAUCCCAUUGAAUCGAAAUUAAUUUAAUGUUAUAUAAUGCCUAUAUAUACAUUAAUUAUUUGAAUACCACAGCAAACUAAUUAAUAAAU